CUGUUACACGCGUCUGUCUUUUCUGUCAUUUCCGGUCUUUUCCGUUGCUUAGUAACAGCUCCAUUCGAUCAAGCUAACUAUGUGCUAUAUGUAAGAAUUCAAGAAUACACGACAUUUCAAGUAAUUUGUCACCUUUAAAACGACUCGUUUGGAGUCAUGACGGCUAUAAAAGAUGGCGAGUACACGGCUACAAUCUACAAACUGAUUAAAGACGGCCAGUAUGUGGAGGCGAUUCACAUCCUGAACGGCCAGCUUCAGAAACACACCAAGUCCAGGGCAGCGCUGUCUCUGCUGGGCUACUGCUACUAUCACAUCCAGGAUUUCAGCAGCUCUGCAGAGUGCUACGAGCAGCUCACCCAGCUGCACCCGGAGGUGGAGGAGUACAAGGUGUACUACGCCCAGUCGCUGUACAAAGCGGGCGCUUAUCCUGAGGCCACCAAGGCCUCCUUCAUGCUCGACAACCCCAGCAGUCACACCAAGAUGCUCAAACUGCAAGCCUGUAUCAAAUACUGUGAGGAAGAUUUCUCUGCUGCCAAGUCACUGCUGGAGCAGCUGUCCCAGGACGACCCAGACUACGUCUACAAUAUGGGCUGCUUGCUUUACCAGGACGGCAAGUAUGAAGAGGCAUGCAGGAAGUUCACGUCUGCCAUGCAAGUGCUGGGAUACGUACCUGCGUUGUCCUACAACAUCGCCUUGUGUUACUACAGCUUGAAGAACUACCCUCAGGCCCUCAAGUACAUCGGAGAGAUCAUAGAACGAGGCAUCAGAGAACAUCCAGAGCUGAGUGUCGGCAUGACGACUGAGGGAAUCGACGUCCACAGUGUGGGCAACACGCUCAUACUGCAUCAGACGGCCCUGAUCGAAGCUUUCAACCUCAAAGCUGCCAUUGAGUACCAGCUAAAGAACCUGAAAGGAGCUCAGGAAGCUUUGACAGACAUGCCGCCCAGAUCAGAGGAGGAGCUGGACCCGGUGACUCUCCACAACCAGGCUCUUUUGAACAUGGACGCGAAGCCGUCGGAGGGUUUUGAGAAGCUGGCCUUCCUGCUGCAGCAGCCGUCCUUCCCCCCCGUCACCUUCGGGAACCUGCUGCUGCUCUACUGCAAACACGAGUACUUUGACCUGGCAGCCGACGUCCUGGCAGAAAAUGCUCAUCUCACCUACAAGUUCCUCUCGCCGUACAUGUACGAGUUCCUGGAUGCCUUGUUGACCUGCCAGACAGCACCAGAGGAGGCUUUCAGGAAGUUCGAUGAGAUGAACGGCAAACUGAUGGAGCAGUCACGCAAGCUGGCCAAGCAGUUGCAGGAUGCCAGGCUGGUUCGAGACGAUGAAGUGCAGAAGAAAGCUCUGCAGGACUAUGACCUGAUGCAGGAGAAGUACAUUGUGGUCCUGAUGGCCCAGGCCAAGAUCUACUGGAACCGGGAGAACUUCCAGAUGGUGGAGAAGAUUUUCCGCAAGUCGGUGGACGUGUGUAAUGACGACGACACCUGGAAGCUGAACGUGGCCCACGUGCUCUUCAUGCAGAACAAGUACAAGGAGGCCAUCGGCUUCUACGAGCCCAUCGUCAAGAAGCACUACGAUAACGUGGAGCAGUGUAACAUUCAGGAGUGUCCCUGCAAGUGCAAACCCUCGAUCCUGAAUGUGAGCGCUGUGGUCCUGGCCAACCUGUGUGUGUCCUACAUCAUGACCAGUCAGAAUGAAGAGGCUGAAGAGCUGAUGAGGAAGAUCGAGAAAGAGGAAGAGCAGAUCUCCUACGACGACCCCGACAAGAAGGUUUUCCAUCUGUGCAUCGUCAACCUGGUCAUUGGGACGCUGUACUGCGCCAAGGGGAACUACGACUUUGGCAUCUCUCGUGUCAUCAAGAGCCUGGAGCCUUACAACAAGAAGCUGGGGACGGACACAUGGUUCUAUGCCAAGCGCUGUUUCCUCUCUCUGCUGGAGAACAUGUCCAAACACAUGGUCAUGCUGCGGGACGCUGUGGUACAGGAGUGUAUUCAGUUCCUGGAGCACUGCGAGGCGUACGGUAAAGAGGUUCCCGCCCUCAUUGAGCAACCGCUGGAGGAGACCCGCAUUCACAUCGGCAAGAACACCGUCACCUACGAGGCUCGACUGCUCAAGGCGCUGUUCUACGAGGUCAUUGGCUGGAACAAAUGACAUCAUCACACAGGUGUCACCACAGUGUGUGAGCUUUGCUGAUCCCCAUUCAGCAGGCAGGUAACAUCACUGACUCACAGCCAGCAGCCACACUUUGUCUUCAGUUCAGAGGAUAAUGACUGGAACCAAGAGACAAUCAGCACACACACACACACAGUCACUGGUGUAUUUUGAAUAAGGCCUGCUGUGCAAGCUUUACAUUUCUGAGAAUCAACACCAUCCAGUCCCUGACUCCCUUUUGGACUCACGUCAACACACACACACACUUUAUUCAUAUUAAGCUUUUAUUCUGAAGUUGAGUCAAGCCCUGGGAGUUCUGGCACAAAGAUCUCCAGCAGGUCUUAUAUAAUCAGUUAUUGUUUUGUCAAAAGCUCCAGUUCACUCUUAAAAUCGGUCACGUUCGACUUUGAUUUAUUGGUUGUUUAUUGUGCUGACCUAAAAUACAUGAAAACAUUCUGUAAGUUCAUCUACAUGCAUUUGGUUCACGCAGACUUCCUCUAUAAUUUAAUAAAGAAAAUAAAGUUUACUAUUUUUGGAAAAAAAAAACAAAAAACAUUUGGACAUUUUUUCUUUAAAGCUUUCCUACCAGAUAGAGAUGCUCCAAUCAGGCUCCAAUCAGCUGAUAUCGGUAACCGAUUGGUUCCUGUUUUUAAGCAUAUUUACAGACGGAUCCUGCAGAGAAGAGCCAACAUAAAAAUCACCGCACAGCAUCUGAAACCUCACAUGGGAGCUUUGGGUGUGCGUCUGAAGUCACACAGCUGCUCCUGUUUGUGUGUGUUCGUUAAAGUCAGUACAACAUGCCGCAUCCUCACACACCAUUUAAGCCUGGAAUUGCUUUAUUUAUUGGGUUGUUCACACUUAAUAAAUAAUCAAUAAGUUGUUAAAACUCAUUAGAUAAUACAUCUGCCUGAACCAGUCAAAUCAGUCAUGACAUUUCACCUAAAAUCUGCAAAGAUUCCUUCAAAUUCUUCAAAUGCAGACAAAAAAGAACAACCGUUGUCAGUGUCUGAAAGUGGUUAAAGAGUUCACUCUGUGGAAAUAUGAUCCUCCAA